AUGCAUACUUUGAAGAUAUCGGCCAUCGCCUUGACCACGGCCCUGCACUGCUCCGGCUCCCACCCUCCAUGGAGCGGUAGCGAAGAACAAUGCCGCUGCUUCCCUGGAGAUCAUUGUUGGCCUGGCCAUGACGAAUGGCAGGCGUUCAACAACACUGUCGGCGGGAGACUGGUUGCAACAGUACCCAUUGGAGCUGUCUGUCACAACUCAACCUUCGGUCCAUAUGACGAGUCAAGCUGUGCACAGCUUCAAAGCGAAUGGUUCUUCCCACAAACGCACAUCCAUUCCAGCUCCUCUAUCAUGGCACCAUACUUCACCAAUAAUAGCUGCAAUCCGUUUCUGGGACCCAAUACCUCGUGUACAUUGGGCAACCUGGCCGUGUAUGCGGUCAACGCAACAUCCGUUGACGACAUCGCGAGAACGAUCGCGUUCGUCCGCAGGCACAACAUCCGCCUUACUAUUCGAAAUACCGGACACGACUAUAUGGGCAAGGCUGCCGGCGCUGGAUCUCUCUCGGUCUGGACUCACUACGUGAACGAAAUGCAGAUAGUGGAUUACAAUUCGUCGUUCUAUACUGGCAAAGCAUUGAAAAUGGGAGCAGGGGUCAUGAAUCAGGACUCUUUCAAAUUCACUCACGAUCACGGCCUGGUCAACGUGGGAGCUAAUUGUCCUACACUCGGGGUAGCUGGCGGUUAUACUCAAGUGGUCACAGGCACCGGACAAGUCCUCAUAGCUACCCCCGAACGGAACCAGGACCUUUACUGGGCCUUGUCUGGUGGCGGUGGGGGUACUUACGGAGUUGUCUCCUCACUGACUGUCAAGACAUACCCUGAUGUUGCGACCACGGCGAGCAACUUGACUUUCUCCCCAGCUGGCGUCGACUCCGGUCACUACUGGGAUGUUGUCCAUACUUGGAUCCAAUCACUGCCCACACUGACCGCGAGUGGCUGCUGGGCUGGCUGGGUCCUCACCACGGAGUCGUUCUCACUCGCGCCUGGAACAUGCCCGGGCAAGGAUCGAGAAGACAUGUCACGCCUAUUGCAACCGACGCUUGACAAACUCAAGCAAUACAAUAUUUCAUACAAUCUCUCGAUUACAGAGUUCACGAGCUUCUACGACAGCUACGUCGCGUACAACGCUCCCUGGAACGUGUCGAACGCUCAGCUGGGCGGCCGUCUAAUUCCAAAGUCGCUGAUCGAGGACAACAGCAUCGCUCUGCUGGAUGCUCUCCGUACAUUGACCGACGACUUUGGCAUUGAAGUCUCUGGAGUGACAUUAAACGUCUCCCAGGGGACAUCUGCACCAGGCGGCAAUUCUGUGACCCCGAUCUGGCGGACUGCGGUCUUCGAUUGCGUGCUUGGAACCGAUUAUCACGCUGACACAGUGUUGGCAAACGACAUGACCCAAACGUAUCUGCCGCUGCUUGAGCAACUGACACCAGGAGGCGGGGCGUAUCUGAACGAAGCCGAUUUUCAACAACCGGACUACAAGAGUGUAUUCUAUGGAGGGAAUUACGAUCGAUUGCUCCAGAUUAAAGAUAAGUAUGACCCAGGUCACAUCUUCUACGCCAUCACAGCAGUGGGGAGCGAUCGGUGGUAUGAGGACGAGAGUCGUGGUGGCAGAUUGUGUCGAGUGUAA